GUCGUCAGUUCCGUAAAGCGUUCCCUCUGGCUUCAUGACCAGAAGGUACAGAGAUAUUUACGCAGAGUGAAGACCAACGCAGUCAGAGUAAUCCCUAGGCUUGAGGUGAUUUUUUUUCAAAUGUUAUUAAAGAAGAGUUUUCCUUUGGUAGAUUUCCUUUGGACUGACAAAGGGCACAACAGUCUCCCAUAGCUACGCACGAACUGGGAUGCUCUAUCGUUAGCCAGUUAUUAGCUUGCGCGUUAGCUUUCCGAAGAUCUCUGCAUUUACGACAGGACCAAGCACACCACAUAGUGCAUUAUGACAGACAGCAUUAUGAGUAAAGCUGCCACAAUGGAGAUCCCUAUCAACAGUAACGGUGACACAGGAACACUACCAGAAGAUGACAGCCUCGAACAGGCUGCAAAGUUGCAGUGGAGCUUAGAUGAGAAGGUAGGGAGCUCCAGAGGCACCAGGGACCUACAGCAGGUGAUGGUAUCGGGUCCCAAUCUUAAUGAGACAAGCAUAGUGUCCGGAGGCUAUGGCGGAACUGCAGAAGGGAUUAUUCCCACCAGCUCAAUCAAAGGCCCUGCUGUGCGCUACAACCCAGAGUUUAACAAAAGGAUCCCAGUUACAGGAUUCGGUUCCAACAUGCACCACAGCAGCAGCAACUUGUCAAUGACGGCAGAAGAAGCCACCCGCGGUGUGGCCGUGGAAAAACUAGAGUCUGUGAGGAAAUGGGGUCUCAACACUUAUAAGUGUACAAAGCAAAUGAUCUCGGAGCGAUUUGGUCGGGGGUCUCGAACUGUGGAUCUGGAGCUGGAGGCUCAGAUUGAGGUGCUGAGAGACACCAAAAGGAAAUAUGAGAAUGUGCUGCGAUUGGCCAGAGCUCUGACCAAUCAUUUUUACAACAUGGUGCAGACCCAGCACGCGCUGGGCGACACAUUUGCUGACCUCAGUCAGAAAUCUCCAGAGCUUCGGGAUGAGUUUGGCUACAAUGCAGAGACUCAGAAGCUGCUGUGCAAGAAUGGGGAGAAUUUACUUGGUGCCGUUAACUUCUUUGUGUCAAGCAUCAACACAUUAGUCAACAAGACUAUGGAGGACACCCUGAUGACGAUCAAGUUGUAUGAAAAUGCAAGACUGGAGUUUGAUGCCUACCGGUCAGACCUUGAAGAGCUGAGUAUGGGUCCAAGAGAUGCAGUAGCCAUGGCUCGUAUAGAAGCUGCUCAGCAACAGUACCAGGUCCAUAAGGAAAAGUAUGAACGCCUACGCUCAGAUGUUACUAUUAAACUCAAGUUUCUGGAGGAGAAUAAGGUGAAGGUGAUGCAUAAGCAGCUCCUUCUCUUCCAUAAUGCCAUCUCAGCAUACUUUGCUGGAAAUCAGCAGCAGCUGGAGCAAACGCUGAACCAGUUCAACAUAAAGUUGAGGCCUCCCGGGGCCGAUAAGCCCUCCUGGUUAGAAGAGCAAUGAGAGGCCUUGCUGGACCUCUUGCAGCUUCCUUCUCAGCCGCCUCCACCUGUUACCUGUUGAAACCCCUCAACUUAAAAAGGACCACUACAGAAGGAAACUGAUAAUUUGGUGGAUGAAGAUAUGGGUGUGUGUGGUUAGAUGAUUGGACUUGUGUAUUGCAGGGUUUAAUUGAGAAAUGGGUUAAAUACAGCAGGAAGUGGCCAGUGUCAUGAACAUUCAGGGGGCUUUUAGUGCCUCUCUUCCUUUUUCCACUUUCACCUGUCCCUUUCCUCUCCUGAUCUUCACUUAACCUUGUCCUGUAUCUCAACACUAUUUUGCUGUGUGAGCUUGUGUUAGUCAUGUUUCUGGCCAUUAUUGUACUCCUUAAGUGCUCCCAGUGCUCUGAGUUAACCUUUAACCCCGCACCGUCUUAGUAACAAAGACUGGUGGAAAAAAGGAAAAUGCUAAAACUUGCUGAAAACAGAUGUAACUUAACACUACUUAAAAACUUCCAACCCUCAUCACUCUCCCAGCGUGCCUCCUUAUUUUUGUGUUCAUGUGUCAAAUGAACAUGUGACCUGCAGGAAGAAAAUCUGAAAGAUGUUUCCAACGUCACAUGAAAGGGAUUUGUAGAGUGCAUUGGAAAGGAAUUUCAAAUCAAUGUAAAAUUCAAAUUAAGUACUGUUUCACUUUGAUAUAAAUAUUAUAUGAUUGUUUGUAGCUCAUAAAAACACAGUGUUGUGUUUCAAGUAAUUUAACAUUUCUAUAUUUUUAUUAUUUACUUGAAGUCAGCUUUACUGUACAUCUGUAUGAUUUGGGCUGGUGUUUUGGACUGAAAGCACCACAGCUUGCAACAGACUUCACCUUUAACCUAAAAAAAAAUCUUAGACUCUGUUUCAUAUAUGCAAAUCAUUUAAGGAACACUGCCACAGCUUCCCAAAGUCCUGAUCCGGGUUUUUACUUAAAUUUAUUUUUAUUUACCCAAAGAGAUGUUGGUUGGAUGUAGACCUUUGCCUUGUUUACAUAGGUUAAGAAGUUAAAGCCUCACUGUAGAUUGUACCCAUAUUUUUAAGGAUGGGUUUGUCAGUCCUGAAAUCUUGACAGGAUUCACUCCAUUAGUUAAGUGUUAAUGAACUGUAUAGAAUAGGAAUUAACUACAUUUGGUUUUUUUUUAUACUCAUAAUUUUUGUCUUACAUUAGUCUAAAUCAAACAAAUACAUGUCAUUAACACAUCUUUUAGUCCUUCAAAAGCAGAAUAAAUCAGUGGUUACCCAUUCUUCACACUGAAUAUUACUAUAGCUGUCUGUUAUUAGUAAUUUCAAUAUUUUAGCAUCAAAUCUAGUAAUCUAGGGGUCUGGGAGAAUGAUGGCACUAAAUGUUUCAGUUGUAACCAAUCUUAAAAGAGACAUUUGUAAUACAUAUGUGAUGUUGAAUUUUUCAAGUGUCACUGUAUUUAUGUUCAUGUGUUUAAUCAGGUUUUAUCAACAAGGUUCUUUCUUUUUCUUUUGAAUGUUUGACCAUGCUGCACUCAUCAGAGCCUCUAUGAAAUCAGUUAACAGUUCUGUUUUCCAGCUUCUUGUCUCUGUAUUUGCAUGGCAGGCAGCAAUCCAAAGGUGCAGAUGUGUGUUUGCACCGAUGCUCUACUCUUGGCCUUCUGCGUGUCAGCUCGCAUGGACUGGCAUAAUCCCAUGCUUAUGGUUGUUGAUUUAUAUGUGAAAAUGAGCUGAAGUGAAAUGCAAUAUCUGGGCUUUCUGUUCAUAUGGCACUCUUAAGGACAAUGAAAAUAAGUGUUAAGUUUGGCUGAAAAGGGCAUUGUGUAAGACCGUUGUUUCAGUUGACUGGCCCGCUCCUGGUCUGCUUGACCACCGCGAAGCAAUAAUAAUGAAAAUGUGAUUCCUGUUUUCCAAACCUGUCCUUUUAAAAUCCCUCGCCCAGUGCUAAAAUAUGAGUGGCAAUAUCUCCUUUUUUGCCUUUAUUUGACCCUCACAUGAAAAAAAGGCUGGCAAACAUUUGCAGUCAAUAUUGCCAGAGAUCUGUAGAUUGUUUCUAAAAUGAGAUACUUUAUAUGUGUACAAUCAAAUGUUUUUUAGACUGAGCUGGUGUAUUAUACUGUAUGAAUGAUUGCACAUAAGGUAUUUAUGAAGAUAAAAGAAAUUGUGUAAAGGAUUGAUGUGAUACUCUGCCUUCAUUACUCACUCAGACCCAAAAAGUUCCACCCUAUCCCAAGGGAGCAAAAUUAAAAGUACACCUUUUCAAAG